ACUGGGCGAGCGCUUCUUCUGCCCGGCGUCCUGCUGCGGGUGCCAGGCAGUCCGGGCCGCCAGCAGCCACUCGUGCCCCAUAGCAGAACACCUCAGGUCAACCCAUCCCCUCUUUUGUCACUCUGCCAUCUCCUAUCGCGUGACCCACUGGACAAAAUGGGGAUAAAUUGAGCAUAUGAAAUUAGGGGAAGUCAGCUGCCUUGUUGUGAGGACACUGAAGCCGCCCUAUGGAGAGGUCCAAGAGGAACAGAGGUCUCCUGCCAACAGUUAGCACCAACUUGCCAGCGCGUGAAGAAACUGAGGUCAGAGAGGUGAAAUGAGCUGAGCAAGUCGCAGGUGCGGCAAUGGCUCCCACCUUUCCUCCUACACCUGGUCACUACCAUGUCCUCUACCAAAGGUGGGGCGAAACUCGAGUGGGCUGGCAUGGGGAGACAUACUGCCUGGCUGGUGGCUACCGGUCCUAUGGGGAUGCUCCUUUGGCCACCCCAGCAAAGGCGGAGGCAGAGAAGCCAGUCCCCAGACGAGCCCUCAAGCGCUGUCGCCCUGUGGAAGAGUUGGAUGAAGACCUCGGUUGCUCCAGCCCCAAAAUUCGACGACUGGAGCAGGGUGGCUAGAGGCUGACCCCACAGAAGCUUGCUGGCUGA